UGGGCAACCCUGCGAUGGAGAAGGGCCACAAAGAUAGAACCAGCCGCGAUCAUUGCAAUCCGAUGAUUUUGCGCGAAACGGAGAAGAGAUUCGCAGAAACAACGUGGAUGAUCAACUGACAACAAACACCAUUUCGCAAUGGAAAAUGUGGAUGCGAAUCCUUCGACGCCGUCUAACGAGUGCACGACCCCAUCCUCAGCCUCCUGGCUUUCCGGAAUGGUACGAAGCCGCUCCGACAGCUUCAAGAGGCGCAACAAUUCCUCCGGCGACUAUGCCGGCAGCAAUUGGGUGCAGAUUAACAGCAAGGGACGAUUCCACGGCGUGAUGUUCAAGUACGGGCCAGCACCGGUUCAGGUUGCAUUUAGAACGGGUAAUUUCAAACAGCAAGUCAUAUUUGUUGGUGGAUUAUCCGAAGGAUUUCUGGCUACAGAAUAUUUGGAACCCUUGGCAAAUGCUUUGGAGAAAGAACAUUGGUCUUUAGUUCAAUUAUUGUUAUCGUCUUCCUACAGCGGUUAUGGCGCCUCAAGCUUGAAACAAGAUGCCAUGGAGCUCGAUCAGCUGCUGAGGUACUUUAUCUACAAGGAAGAAUCCGAUGGAGUUGUGCUGCUCGGACACAGCACCGGUUGUCAGGAUAUCGUGCAUUACAUGCGCAGAAAUGCUAUGUGUUCAAUGGCCGUUCGCGGAGCCAUUCUGCAGGCCCCGGUUAGUGAUCGCGAGUAUAAAGCGACAUUCCCAGAAACGGCUUCCAUGAUUGAUUUGGCUUCGAAGAUGAUAAGCGAUGGCCGUGCAUCCGAAUGGAUGCCAAGAGAAGCCAAUCCCGACUCUCCAAUUACCGCUUAUAGCUCGGCCAUUUGCAGAUACCAUUCUCUGUUUGGAUACAAUGGCGAUGAUGACAUGUUCAGCUCCGAUUUCAGCGAAAGCCAGCUGAAACAGAAACUCGGGCACAUGUCUAAGAUCCCUACCUUAGUCAUGUAUUCGAUGGCUGAUGAAUUUGUGCCACAUUACAUCGGCAAAGACGCUCUCGUUGACAGACUUUGCACGGCGAUGGGUGGGGCGGAGAAGAUUGAGAUCGAGCGAGGGAACCAUACACUGUCCAACAGAGUCGAAGAAGCCGUUCAAGCCAUAACGGCGUUUGUUAAAUCUAGCGACGGACGCAAAAUAUGGGAGGAUCCGUGGAGUUGAGAACGUCGAAAACUCGAUGUUUUUCAGGCAAGCCUACUACUAGUUCCUUGCAUACACCACCAUCAUCUUGUAGCUAUGUUGAUUGUUUUGUGAAAAAUGGAAAGUUCCAAUUUUUGCUGGAAUUUCCUACAAAAAUUUUUCAUUUACAAUGUUGUUGUAGUUUGCAAUAGAUCUUGUGCUAAUUCAUUAAUUAAAGUAAUCUAUACAUGUUGAUUAGAUUAAGAUCGUUUUUGUUUAGUGUAUAUAGUUUUU